ACUUGGCUCGGCUCGGGCGCUCCCGUGUUCCGCCCGGCUCUGCGGCGAGCCGGCCCGAUGGCGCCUCAGCGGAGAGGCGCGCCUAAGGCGCCCGAGGGCAGCGGGGCGGCCGAGCGCAGGCGCCCGAGCAGCGUGAAGAGUGCCCGUGCGCCGCGGGAGGUGUGGAGCAAGUGGCUAAGAGCCGCCGUCCUGGGGACCUGUGCCACGCUUGCCGCGCUCCUGCUCUGGGGCAGUCUGGGGGGCGAUGAGGUCGGCACCGAGGUCCUGGCUCACCGGGGCGAGGUUCUGUCUGGCCGAUUCAUGGAGGUGCCCUGCUCCGAGGACUACAACAGCCACCGGAGGUUCGAAGGCUGCUCCCCGACCAGGUGUGGCCGGGGCGUCAGCGACACCGUCAUCACCAGGGACGAGGCCCUGCGGAUCCGCAGCAUCGCGGAGAAGGGGCUCGCCCUCGGAGGGUCCGGUGGAGGGGCGUCCAUCUUGGACCUGCACUCGGGCGCGCUGUCUGCCGGCAAGCACUUCGUGAACCUGUACAGAUAUUUUGGGGAUAAAAUAGAAAACAUCUUCUCAGAAGAGGACUUCCAGUUAUACCGGGACGUGCGGCAGAAGGUGCAGCUGGCCGUCGCCCGGGCGUUCGGCGUCAGUGCGUCCGCGCUGCACCUGACGAAGCCCACCUUCUUCUCCCGCAUCAACAGCACGGCGGCCCGCACGGCGCACGACGAGUACUGGCACGCGCACGUGGACAAGGCGACCUACGGCUCCUUCGACUACACCUCGCUGCUGUACCUGUCCGACUACCUGGAGGACUUCGGCGGGGGGCGCUUCGUGUUCAUGGAGGAGGGGGCCAACCGGACGGUGGAGCCCAGAGCAGGCCGGGUGUCCUUCUUCACCUCGGGGUCCGAGAACCUGCACCGCGUGGAGAAGGUGCGCUGGGGCACCCGCUACGCCAUCACCAUCGCCUUCACCUGCAACCCGGACCAGGGCAUCGCGGACCCCGCCUUCACGUAGCCGGAGGCUGCGGCCCCGCCCCCCCGGCAGUGGCCCCUCCCCCGCGGCAGCCCUCCCAUCC